GUCAUUCAAUCAGCUCGUUUACACUCUGUACUUAUAUUAUAAACUCUAAUCACAGCAGUAAUACACACACACAUACAUAUAUAUAAAUCCAGUCGACUUAUAAACUUCAAGCGGCCACUACAAGCGAUCCACCGAGAAGCAGAUUCCGAACUAACAAACAUCGCACACCACAUACAGUGUUAAAUAGGUUAGAAUAAUAAUACUAACAAUAAAAUGUUUCUGUCGUACGCCACCGUGGCCGUCUUUGCUUACGCGAUUCUGUUGAAUAUCUUCUACUUGUACUCGCCUGUCGAAUCAGGCGAAAUCGGCGGGCUUUACGAGAAUUGCGAGAAAUGUAAGGCUUCGGACUGCUUUGCCAAUGGGAGGCCGUGCACAGACAAUGACGAUUGUGAUUACCCGUACACAUGUUUUACGUGUGAAAUCUCAGAUGGCUGGGAACAGUUCUAUUCCAAAGACGAAUGCAACAAGGGUUGCGAUGCGCCGAGCUUAUGCAUUUGUGACAGAUUUUGUUACAUGUGCGUACCAGAAGACACCGAUACGACCCGGUUUUCGGUAUGCUACAUACCAGAUAAUCCGGAGGAACAAACUUGCGUGUAAGUUCCAUAUGGCUCCGUCAACACGACCUCCACGAGUUUAUAAUUAAAAUAAUAUUAAGAUAAUACAAAAUACAAUUAAUAUUUUUGCUCUUAAAAAGAAAUAAUAACCUAUUACAUAAUAAUAUUAUGUAGUAUAUAAAUAUUCGUUUCAUAUUAUCGCCGUGAAGUAUUUAAUAUAUUUCACGGUUUUACUUCGCACUUCGUCAUGCGUAAUAUUAUAAUAUUAUUUUGUUGCACUGUGGCAGUGGUAUGUAAAUUAUUUUUAAAAAUAUACCCUCCCGAUUUGUAAAAUUGUAAAUAUUAAAUAGGCAUUAAUGUCAUCCGUUUCCUCAAAGUUUGUUCCCCUAGCAACAAAGGAAACAAUGAAAAAUUCUUUAAACUAAAUUGUACUACAAUAUUGUAACUAUACUUAUUGUUUUUCAAUAUUCCUUACGAUUUUAUCUAUUGUAUCAUUAUUGUUAUUAUAUUAUACAUAAUAAUAUAUAGCUAAGAUGAUAAAUUAUUGUAAUAUUAUAUUAUGUAAUCGGUGCACUUAAAUUAUUCUAUGUAUUAUUUCAUAAAUAUUAAACUAUUAUUCUAUCUCGUAA